GAGAGAGAGAGAGAGAGAGAGAGAGAGAGAGAGAGGAGGAUAAGAAAGAGAGAGCUGUUCUUCACACCUGCACCUCUCUCUCUCUCUCUUUCUCUCUCUCCCCCCCCCUCUCUCUCUCUCUCUCUCUCUGUCAGUGUGUUUUGCUGUCUCGCUCGCCCGUCUCUUUUUGCUGCUGCCUCUGCCUUCGCUCGCCCUUGCUGCCUUUUCUGAUUCCUGAGGAGGGAGAGAGAGAGGCUUUAAUGCGAUGGACCUGCUGCCCACUGACUGCUGCUGUUUACACCGCGGCAUCAUGGGAGAUGCAGUUUCCUGCGUGCUGCAGGAGGACAGCUGAUGAGCUGAGGAUUGUGGGGGAUCAGAGUUUGGACAUGUGAGCUGGUGGGCGGACGAGGUUCAACAAACUCUCUCUCUUCUUUUCCACACCUUUUCUCUCUCUCUCUGUUUCUCAGUCAUUUUAAUCCUCGCUCGCCCUUCUCCUAACCUCGUCAUCCUCCUCUCUACCCUUCUGUCCUCGUCUCCUCUUCCUCCAUCAGCAUGGGCUGUCGUCUCACUCGGACAAAGGUGAGUGACCUCCUGCAGGUGUGUGUUUGGGGCGAGCGAGAGACGACAGAGAGCGAGAGAGAGAGAGAGAGAGAGAGAGAGAGAGAGAGAGAGAGAGAGAGAGAGAGAGAGAGAGAGAGAGAGAGAGAGAGAGAGAAAGAGAGAGCAGAUACUGAGAUGUGAUGGUUGCUGAGAUGACCUGCUCUGCGUUAGACCUGCAUCAUACACACACACACAUAAACACACACACAUAAACACACACACAUAAACACAAACGCACACACACACACACACACACACACACACACACACACACAGAGCCUUAACCCAGAUCGUUCCAGUGAACCCAGACAAACAAUCACUGAAGACGCUCUAAUGACCGAACGCUGGAGGCUGUAAUCUGUGUGUGUGUGUGUGUGUGUGUGUGUGUGUGUGUGUGUGUGUGUGUGUUUGUGUGUGUGUGUGUGUGUGUGUGUGUGUGUGUGUAAAUCCUCGUUUCCACUGCAGAGACUCUCACAGGAACCUUUUCAGGGUCCAGGUUCUGGAUUAGUCUCGGUACUCUCAGUGUUUUGUGUGUGUGUGACCUGCUCGUGUGUGUGUGUGUCUGUGUCUGCAGGUGUGUGUGUCUGUGUCCCGUGUACCUGUCUGUGACCUCAGAGAACCUCUUUGGUGCCACUUAUCAGAACCGGGUCAUCUUCAUCUUUGACUCUCUGUUCUGGUGGAUUUGGACCCCUGACCUGUAUUUGCAGUGUGUCCUGCACAAAGACAGGAACUGGACGGACCGCUCUGGACUCUGGAGUGGAAACCAUCUAUGGUAUAAAUACACAGAUUAAAGUGUAGAGGGACCGGUCCAGAACCAGCGUCCCUGAUAGUAUCGGGACCAUCAGAGUCCAUGUUUCCAGGUUUAGUGGCAGCAGGACUCUGUAGUUGGAGUCACAGCAUGGGCUGAACAUGUCCGGUAAGUUCUGAUGGAUCAAAACCGAACAAAGACAGCUGUCAACGUAGAACUAGAAAUCAUAGAUGCUGCAUCCUCAGUUUUAAAGAGUAGAUGGACCACCAGAAUGAUGUUAGUGUGGUGUCGUUCGUGAAUGAUUCCUUUAACAGAACCGACUCUUUUAAGUGAACGUACUGAACCGAAUCACUUCCUCAAGUGAUUCGUUUGUUUCUCACUUCAGUUGAGCGGUCAGCAGCGAGGGACCACACUCGCCGAUGCUUGAAUCACUCAGUGAACGAAUCACUCAGUGAACGAAUCACGAAGUGAUUCAUGACUCAUAAACGAGUUCAUUUUUACAGACGUGUUUGUUAAAGCGACAUCGAAACAACGCUCUGGACUCCCGGUCCCAGAAACUCUGAUCUGAACUGAAUCCUGAACCGUUUCCUGAACGAAUCUUUUUUCAUUGAUUCUAGUGAUUCAGUACAUCUUUGUUAACAUUCGUGCACUUUUAUGAGACUAAUGUUGAAUAUUUGAAAGAUGAAUGGGUUUGGUGAUUUAAGGUGGACACACGUUUCUGAAACAGCAGAGUAUAAACAUCUCUGGAGCUCUUAUUGAUCCACGUAUCGAAUCCUUUUUUUGACUUCCACCAGUGACUCAUCUGCAGCAAAGCAAACAGUUUGUUUUUAAAGCAAAGCAGAGAGAACAGAGGUGGUCUAAUGCUGAGUUACUGAGUCUGAGCAGCUCAGAGAGAGAGAGAGAGAGAGAGAGAGAGAGAGAGAGAGAGAGAGAGAGAGAGAGAGAGAGAGAGAGAGAGAGGGAGAGAGAGAGAGAGAGAGAGACAGAGAGAAAGAGAGGGAGACAGAGAGAGGGAGAGAGAGACAGAGAGAGAGAGAGAGACACAGAGAGAGAGAGAGAGAGAGACACAGAGAGAGAGAGAGACACAGAGAGACAGAGAGAGAGAGAGACAGAGAGAGAGAGAGAGAGAGAGAGAGAGAGAGAGAGAGAGAGAGAGAGAGAGAGAGAGAGAGAGAGAGAGAGAGAGAGAGAGAGAGAGAGAGAGAGAGACAGAGAGAGAGAGAGAGGGAGAGAGACAGAGAGAGGGAGAGAGAGGGAGAGAGAGACACAGAGAGAGAGACAGAGAGACACAGAGAGAGAGAGAGAGAGAGUGGGCCUGUCUUCGUCGCUCUCUGGGAGGGUUUCUUGGAAAGUCUCGGUUCGUCCCGCUCUCACAGCUCUCCUCGUUUCUCUCCGCUUGUUAAAACAUGAAGACACAUCUGAGUAAUUGCUCUUCGUGGAUCUCUGAGAGGUUUCCACGAUCAGUGAUCAGCUAAGCCGUGUUCUUGUUUAACGCCACGUCUCCUGGCUGAACGCCUCAGCGAUCAAAAGGCUGGAUGGGCCGCGGUUCGACUCCCUCUUUAGACACGCAGGGCUGAACAAUGAGCGCGGACGCAGGCAGGACGAAUGUUUCCUGGCACAUGUUCAUCUCUGAGCGCCGGAACACGAGAUUAUCCUGCCACGCACGUCGGAGGAGGUUCCAUCCUCGAUGCAGCGAGUGAUGCACGUAAACAAACAGAGAGUUCAGGAGGACGGUGGACCUCUGAGGGACCUACACAGUACAGAGACAGAGAGAGGACGCAGAUCCUAACCAGAUCUGACGGCUGCUGAGGAGACACGAGGAAGACAAACGUCCCAUAAACACACAACAGUCACUCCACAUAUCGGUCUGUAGGAGACAGAGAGGACUUCUGUGGUGACCUCUCAGUGGGAAACAUGAAUUUAAAAUAAAUAUAACAUGAAAAAAAAGAGUUCAGUCAUUAGAAAAGUUCUCUCUAGAUUCACUUCAGGGAACUUUUAUCCACUAGAGUCUCUAACCUGAACUCAACCACGUCUGUUUAUCAUUAUUUUAACUUCUGAUGGGAGAGGAGUUCGUUCAAGAGAAUCAACCAUUUCAGCAGACAUCAGGAGGUGCAGACAUCAGGAGGUGCAGACAUCAGGAGGUGCAGAGGUGAGGAGGUGGAGACAUCAGGAGGUGAAGGUGAGGAGGUGGAGAUAUGAACCCUCUCCUCCAUCAGUCUUCACGGUGAACUCUCUGCCCGACAAAAACAAAGACGUUGUUUUUGUCCAGAUACUGUAGAAGAGAAUUCAGUCACAUCAUAACUGGAUGUUUGUUUACAUCCCACCCAAGGCAACGGCUGAAGUUCCAUGUGAUGUUUUCCAUGAUACCGUUGCUAGGAUACAGACUCUACAACCUGAAGCACUAAUAAUAAUAUCAGGAGACUUUAACCACCUCACCCUCUCCUCUCACCUUCACACCGUUCGUUUCCUGUCCCACCAGAGGAAAAACAAACCCUCCAUCUGCUGUAUGCUAACGUUAAAGAAGCUAACAGCUUUAUCACCAUGACGAUCUGAGCAGGUCGGAUCGUCAUCACUCGGUUAUCUAUCUGCAGUUUAUCGGAGACUCCAGACUAAUCGCUCAGCUCUUCAUCUUGUUGGAAAACAAGUUUGUGAUUCUGGUGUGAAGGACAGAAUCGUCCUUUCUUCAGAAAUACGAGGAGACGUAACGGAGCUUUCAUCGUCAGCUCUGACCCUCAAUUUCCACCGUAUCCAGAAUGGCUACGAAGAGGUCUGAAGGUCCUGAUAAAGACGUGGUUUCCUGCGUGUUAAGUUGGCGCCUCCUCCUGAGGUGACAGCUGAGGUUUGUGAUCUUCUUCAGCUGAAUGUCAAUGUUUGAGCGGUCUGUUGUGAGUGAACGAUAAUUGGGGAUCACGGUCGGUUUCUUUGACGCUGAUGAGACGCUGGCAGACUGUGUCAUGUGAUUGUAAAGAGAUUGACAGUUUGACGUGAAUGAGCGCGGGCCUGACGGCUCUGUAUCGCCUGUGGAUGAACCGUGACUUUAUAGCUUUGCAGCUGCAGAGAAAGAUCUCUGUUCACAGGAAACAGCAAAAUAAAAGUAUAAGAGAGUAAAAAGAGUUUAAAAAUACUGAUAAUCAUGAUGCAGGAUGAUCAGGAGGUCCUGGUUCCUGCAGGUCCUGCUCCUCUCUAACAGAACAGACAGAAAUAAUCAUAACCUGCAGAAUUCACAAUAGCAGCAGUUCUUUUGUCCUUUUUUCAGAGAUUUCCAAACAAUGAACAUGAAAAAAAACCACAGCAGCUCUGACAGGAUUUAAUCAUCUGAAUAUUUGAGUGGGUAAUCGUUCGACUCACUGAAUCAAAGACUGACACUCUGAACGCGUACAAAAGGAGAACGUGACUCACUUCACAUCUGUGACUCAGCUCACACCAUCGAUUCUCCUCCUCUGAAUCUGCCGCUUCGAUAUUCAGGAGGAAUUUCAACAAACUCUGCAGGUCUUCCCUGAAAAACUCGUUCCUCCUGGACCUGGAGCUGAGAACAACCCUCUACUCUUAAAAACUGAGGAUGCAGCAUCUAUGAUUUUAGUCCAGAUGUCCAAAAGAAGGUCCGACUUUGAUCAUAGACUUUACCUGACAAGUUGGAGUUAAAGGUGUUGUAGUCAGGAUCAGUUUUUAGGAGAAAUCUUGAAUGUAAACUCGACCCCUCCCAACCAGUUUUCCCCUCAGCUCCUCCCCUCCCUCUCUUAAGCCCCGCCCACAAACAGACGCUCCUGCUCGCUCGUAUCGUUCCAGUUAAAUUCAGAUAUAAUACAGAUAAAUCCUUCAGAUCUUUACAAAUGGGGCCCAGUCAAGGUGAAAGUCAAAAGCAUUGGUGCUACUGUAGAUGCCAACAGACUACCAGCAAACACAAUGUUUGCAGGACUUCUACAACGAGGAUAAAGUGACAUAGUCCAGGACCCGAGGGAGGACAGUUUAGCGAUGGCGCUACAACACGCUACAGCAGGUCCGUUUGACAAGAAACACUUCUGUUACAGACACUUGUCUUACUUUGUUAAAGCGGUUUACCUGUCCAGCAGAAAGGUUACAGGGUCACCAAGAUCCCCAAGCGUCCCCCAUGGUUUAUGUUGACCCGGCUUUUUAGCUCUUGUCCGGUCUACCUCCGUUUUAAGCGCCCGUUAUUACCAAAUGUCAUCAAUAACUAAUAACUAUUGACUGAUAUUCAGAGAGUUUUUGUAUAAACAAAAUCAAAAGAUGCUUCUUUAACGGGUUCCUGCCUCCUCCACCUUUAAGUCCGUGUGGUGACUCCAACUUCAGAGUCCUGUUUGAUCUGAAUUAUAAUUUAUAGAUGAUCCGUGUUUGAAGGAGAAGCUGAAGUUACAGGAUCUGAUUCUCUGCUGCUUCUGACACGUCUCCUCCGUUUCUCAUGUUCGCUGUGAUUUUGUGCUGAGAAGGAGGAGUGUCACAUUCUGCCGAGUUUUACACUCUGACUCGCUGAAAACCAUCGAGUCCAAGCUUUACGAAACAAACAGUGAGGGGGGAGGGCGAGAGAGAGAGAGAGAGAGAGAGGGAGAGAGAGAGAGAGAGAGAGAGAGAGAGAGAGAGAGAGAGAGAGAGAGAGAGAGAGAGAGAGAGAGAGAGAGAGAGAGAGAGAGAGAGAGAGAGAGAGAGAGAGGGAGAGAGAGAGAGAGGAGAGAGAGAGAGAGUGAGAGAUCAGUCCACGUUACUGUCAAAGUGCAUUGAAGCGCAACACAUUUCUCCCGGGUACAUCACUCUCACUCUGAUUCUGUGUGUGUGUGUGUGUGUGUGUGUGUGUGUGUGUGUGUGUGUGUGUGUGUGUGUGUGUGUGUGUGUGUGUGUGUGUGUGUGUGUGUGGCCCCGGGCGUUGCACUGAGAGUGUAAAGACUCUGGUGCUGGUCCAGAGGUUACAGAGGGCUGCUCCUGAAUCCUGACCUACAUCGUGUGAAGACCGAAUCUCUGUAACUUCGCCGCCGCGUCUUUACUCUCACACGUGACGUUACGACACAAAACGCCUCUUUCAUCAUUUUGUCAUCGUGCGGACUCAGUAUGGACGUAAUGACGGCGUGUCCUUCGGGGCGUGAGCUGUCCUUUUCUGUCCCGCGCUGACAGGGCGGUGACACACUGACAUGUGACAUUGUCUGUUUUAUCCUGAGCUCUGGAAUGUCAACAAAGAGCCGAGCGACCAAUCAGCAUUUAGAUUACAGUAAAGAAGGCAUCUAUAACUGUGAAUAAACAUCUAUAUCAACUGUCCAUUAUAGACCCCGCCCACAUCAACUCCAACACUAACGACUCUCGACUGUCAUCUGAAAAACCCCCGACCUCCACCUUCAUCCUGAUCGUCUCCUAAAAGGUCGUAUCCUCCGAUCGUAGCUGAUUGUAACCAUUCAAGUUAACGUGUCAAUUUACACCGACUUCUUUCAAAAUAAAAUAUCCGGCUUCUUUUCAAAAUAAAACACUCCGUGUUUCAGGAGGAUCGUAUUUCACACCAUGCAAACGGGCGGAGACGAACAAGUGAAAGGUUUUUAGACGUCAUUUCACCCCGAUGACACCAUGGAUGAGGCCAGUCCAUUACGGACUACAGCGGGGUGCCGCAGCUCAAGGAAGAACAUUUAUGAUCAUUUCUUCAUGGAAAUACAAUCAGACCGAGACGCUAAGACAGAAGAACUACAGCGUCUGUAAAAUGAUCAAUAUGGUGAUUAUUACUUCAAGGAAAUGAUAAAGAAAUGAUCAUAAAUGUUCUUCCUUGAGCUGCGGCACCCCGCUGUAGUCUGUAAUGGACUGACCUGAGGUCUCUCUACAAACAAGCGUCUGCUGGAAGAGAGUAGGUGAGUUGUGUUUAGUCUCUUUGCUACAGAAAUAUUUGUGACGUAAAGCUGAAGUUAUAGUCGGGCUGUGGUGUCGUUUCAUGGCGUUCAGUAUUUCCAUCCCCAUCCCUGCACUGAUCUGAAGCUUCACCAUUUCCAACCCUUUAAAAAGAUUUUACACUUUUAGAGUUUCAUGUUGUGAGACUUUUAAAAAGCCAUGAAAAUCCGUGUGUCAUGGAGGAGAGCAGCUGUGUCCGUUUAUUUCAUAGUAAAUAAAAAUAAAGAGCGUCUGCAGAAACAGAGACCUGCAGAGUGACUCCGUCCUGCUCUCCAACCAAACACCGCGGCUCCAUCCUUUAUCUCUGUGGAUAAAAACAGAGGAUGAAUCAUAUGCCACGUUAUGUAACUCCAUUGUAGUCAUGCAAGAGUUAGAAACAAAAGAGUUGACUGACCUUGGAUUGGAGGCUAAACUCCCACUUUUCCACAGUUCAGUGUUGCUGCUUCUGUCCUUCAUCAAACCUGCAGAUCGACUUCCACAACAUCUCACCGUCGGACUGAAGCUCCUGGAGAAGUUUCUCCACUCCUGGCUCUUCAUCAAAUCAAACUCACACGUUUAUCUUCUGUUUGAGUCUUUGUCUGUUUAUAACAUCCAAACCCUGACCUGCAUCGCUCCGUCUCCUCAGGCCAAAACUCGAGAACCUUCUCGCCACCGACACCGCCGAGAAGAACUGCACUUCGUGGAUGAGUAUGGCCAACCCAUCAACGUGCAGGUCGAGGCCAGAAGAGAUCAUGGACACAGGAGGCGGCGUUCCCGAUGUGCGAAUGAGUGCAGCGUCCCGACAGAAAGACACUGGGAGGCCCUGAGAGCCAUGGGACUGGUGGAGGGAGAGGAGGUCCAGGGUGAAGCCUACAGGGCGGGGUGAGUGCUCCAGGAGAGCUGCGACACGAGCAGAGAAGGUUUGGAUGAGCGAGCUUCUUUACUGUCGGUUAUAAUGAAAACCAUGUGUGCAUGUUUAGGCCUGAAGCAGGUGCAGAACAUGCAGGAGAACAUGCAGGAGAACAUGCAGGAGAACAUGUAGGAGAACAUGCAGGAGAACACGCAGGAGAACAUGCAGGAGAACAUGCAGGAGAACACGCAGGAGAAGAUGCAGUUAUGACUUUGCAGGAGUUAUGCUGCGUCUGAGUUUCCUCGAAAGUCAGAAGUCGGAGCUGAAAAUGACGUCACACCCGAGUUCCCAGCGUUUCAGUUAUCAAGUCGGAAAAAGAAAAAUCAGAGGCAGAAACAAGAUGGCUACGUCUACGAUAUUUAUCUUAGCGCUUGUCUUGUCCGGAUAUGAGGCAGGCGCUGAUAUAACUUUCGUAGACUUAGACAUCUUGUUUCUGCCUCUGAUUUUUCUUUUUCCGACCUGAUAACUGAAACGCUGGGAACUCGGGUGUGACGUCAUUUUCAGCUCCGACUUCUGACUUCUGAGGAAACUCGGACGCAGCGUUCGCCGUGUUUAGUGUCGUUGAUUUCAUUCAGAAGAACAGAGCUGCUGAGUGAACGGCGUGAACCGAAUCACUCUGAGACCUGAUUGGUUUCUUUCUCAGUUCAGUUGAGCUCAGCCUGGCGUGCCGGUCGGGAGAGGAACUGACGCCUUUGACUCUUUGGUGAACAACACACGGCCGCCAGUGAGCGGGCAGGUGGGCGGAGUCUCGUGAUUCACUCACAGCGAAUGUUUCAAUCAGACUGUGAACGAAACGAACGACUUCAGGACGACUUUAUUCAGGUGGAGGAGGGAGGGGUGUAUCGUGGUUCACUUCCUGCUGAGCAGCGGUUGGUUGACUGAGAUAAAACAGGUCAUUAUGGCGCCUUUACAUUAAAACACGUGUUUAAACUUUCCUGAUUUAAUUUCAGACGAUUUAAAGAAAUACGAUAUUUGAUAUCUUUAAAAGUCUCUGAAUCCUCGCUACAGCUGACAUCUUUAUUUUUAAUCUCGCCACUUUUCCAACUUAUAAAAGAACGACGACUCGCACUCGUUUAGCGGCGUGCUGCUCGCUGCUGUGUUGUUUCCGCCGACAGACGGCGACACACAGAGAGGUGAGUUUUUCAGGUCGGGGGAGUGAUUCUUCCUUCAGGACUUGGCGAAUGAACGACACGAGUCACCCACGCUGUGACUUCAACAGCAGGGGAGGGGCUAAUGAACGAACUCGCCGCUGUGUCACUCACUGGUUUUACUGCAGCGACAGGACGGGGCUCCGAAACACGGACUGAUUCAGUGAACGAAUCUUUUUAAUGAACGGAUCCUAAAGAUUCAGUCAAAAGAACGGAUCUUCACAUCAGUCGUGGUGUAGCUCUUAUUUAAGGACACAAACAAACUUCUGCUCCUGCGAUCGACUGGGAUCAGCGGGGGGGGGAACGAUGUUAGGACAAACUGAGCGUGUGUGAAAGUCUAGAAAACAUUUUCAUCAGCAGGUCGGCGCGGCGGUCGAUGGAGUCUCUCUGCGUUCUUAUUAAUAUUCAUGAGUGAAAGUUGUUCUGCUGAGACGGCUGUCGGUGCGACACAUGCUCCGAUGAUGAUGAUGAUGAUGUGUGUGAAGGCUUUAAACAUUCAGAGAGACAUGUCACAGGUCACAGGUCACACCACCCCCACUCAUCUGAGUGAUAAAUCCACUCACUUCACUCUGUGGGGGUGAAUCUCUCGCAGCGCUCUUCUCUUUGACCUCACCUCUCCUUACUUCCUCCACAGGCCUUUCUAUGGUCACAUGACUAUGUCACCUGACCUCUACUCCACCAGUGGUCGAAUGAUGAUGUCACCUGAUGUCUAUCCUUCCAAUGGCUACCUGCCAAGAUCAAAUGACCAACAUCUGGGCAACAACUACCUUCCCAGCGUCUCCUACAGCUUGGAUCACCUGGACAGACUCGACUACCAGGUGGUUCCUCAGUCGCAUCACGAGUUCUUGAUCUCACUGAUCCGCAGAUACGAUGAGGAGCAAAAGGAGUUAAAUUAUUUCUGAUGUAUCUUUGGUUCCUACAGCAGGGCCCAGAGAUGCUGCCCUACCAGCCGAACUCAGAGAGCUGCCUGAUUGGCUGCUACAACACAGAAGAAAUGGAGCCCAAGAAUUUUCCCAGACAGGUAAGAAUCAAAGUGACGUCAUCCACACCUGUGCUGACACAGGAAGCUCCAUGAGCUCUGAAGAUCUGUUUUAACCCUUCAUAACAUAAACUGUCUUAUUUUACGUCCUCUACAGUCCGACUAUCGCCCUCCUUGGCGGUCAGAUCGUCACCUUGGUUACCUUCCCUUAAGUGAGCUUGACAGUGGGCUGGGUUGCGGUCCUGAUAGCCCAAACCACCGGAUACCCCUCUCUGAGGCCGAGACAGAUGCUAUGUCAUCACUACCAGGCCACACCGCCUCCUCCCAAGGCUCCUCCUCCUCCUCCGAGUCUCUAAUCUCCUCUGAACCAAGUGACUCGGGCUUUCACAGCGUCAGCACGGGGGAGCACAGACGACUGCAUAAGAUUCAUGGGAGCCACACCCACCGACAAACUCACCAUCUCCGGUCAGGUCACUCUCCGAGGGAACAGAGAGGACGCUGGGAUUUGGAGUCCAUCCCUGAGACCACACCCAUGACCCAUGCUGGCACACCACAGGCAUCCCAUUGUACCGUGGGAAACAGUACGACCACAACAGUCCACUUUCACCGAGCUGAGAGGAGUCCCACCUUACCACGCCACCGCUCGCCGCCUUCCCCUUCCAUUGGUAAGUAAAGACCUUUUAAACAACCCAUCUACACCCCGACCCCGAGGAUGGGCCCAGAUGUGGACUUUGUUCUUGAUCUGCCACCUUGUGUCUGUUUUCAGGUUGUCGUACGGAGCCAUGUCAGCGGAGGGCGCUGUGGUUGGAGCAGCAUCAGGGAGGAAGGGGAACCAUCGAGGCCCCAGGGCGGAGCCGAACGAUCACAGAUUUGAGUGAAGGGCAGCGCCGCCGCAGAGCCAGCCAUCCCAACACCACAGAUCCCAACCCUCUGCAGAACGGCCUCCAAAACAGCCACCAAGGGACCGCCGACCACAUGACGGGACCGAGGAGCAGGGCCAGCUAUCCCAGCAACAGCCACUCCACCAGUCACCUCAGUUUGGACAGAACCAGUCUGACCAACCACCAGAACUCCCUGAGAAGCAGCAAAGGUACCAACCGCAGCAGGGAGGACGACUCGCUCUCCAAGAGUCCGGGAUCGAACUCCAGUGGAACGUCAGACUGGCGAGGGAUCCAGACUCUUGGAAAUCGCACCAGCAACCCUAAAGGCCCCACCGGUCCUCUGUACAGCACCCUCGGAGCCCCUCAGCGUAAUCCUCACUCUCCACCCUCCCCUCGCUCCAGACUCUCCAAUCCAAAGUCUGCAAGAAACCAGCUGCUCAGAGCCCGAGCUUACCGGUUAGCCCGGGAACGCAGUGAGGUCACGACGGAUGAGGAGGUACGAGGGGGCGGAGAGAGGGAGGGCGAAGAUGAGGGGGACGAUGGACGAUGGGCGGGGCGGUACUGGAGCCGGACUGAGAGGCGAAGACAUUUAGCGUUGUCGAGGCAACACAGAGAGCGGAGGGGGGGAGGGGAAGAGCAGGGAGGCGGACUCCAGGGGUCGCUGUCAUCUCAAACGGUGCUGGAGCUGAGCCACAUGAAGCAGAACCGGCUAAGGAACAGUAAGCUGCUUGAUGAUUGGACGACAGUGGAGGAGCUUCUCACACACGGAACUCGGGUGGAAAGCAACGGUCAGCUGUGUCCGAGUCCUCUGUUAUCGGUUACUACUGUCUGAGAGGAACCAGAACUCAGGCCCAGUUUGUUUGAUGUCUGCGAGUGAAGCGCUCACAUGUGACCAAAUUAGACAAACGCCUUUGAGCUUGACAGGAAGUUGUUCCGGAGGUUAUCAGGCGUUUCCAUGAACACAGUCAGUCUGCACUAAAGAGACAUGAAGGUCUGCAGCAGGAGAGACCAUCCAACACAUGCUGCAGUCCUGGAGAACCUCGGUUUUGGUCCAGGUCUGGACUUUGUUGUUUGCAUAUUCAAGGAUCACCACAACAACAACGAAAGGGUUCACAAGUACUGAGAGGCUGAAACGGAGACCAUGAGACCAUGAGACCAUGAGACCACGUCUUCUGUCCGAGGAGAACACUGACCAAACGCUGGUCACAGAGAGGAGAUACUGUGGCUCCAGAAUCUGCUGUUCACAGCAUCACUGGGAUGACGGAUCAGUUUCUUCACACACCAGACGGACUGUGACUGGUCUCAAAUAUCACACAUCGAUUGUGUUGCCUUGUGACAAAGUGUCUCUAUUUCCUUUUCUGGUUUUACUGCCUCUGUUCUCGUCUUUGUGCCAUAAAAAGUCAAAGUAGGUUUGAAGCAAACUGAAGAUCUGCACCUUAGUGAUCAGGCGCCGUCUAAAUCAGCUCUUCUAAGGUCGGGAAAAAAGCUUUUUCACGUUGUAGUUUCAAGCGUUAGCUGAGACGACGUUUGUACAAAAACAUGAAGCUAAAACCGAGAGGUGGUCUCGAUGUCACUCCUAUUCACAGCAAAACUCAACUUCUACAGGUGUGUCGGCAAAAUAACGAGCAAAUUUACUUGAAGUCGGAGUGAAAAACUUUUCCAUUUAGGAAGCUGUUGUUUAGCUUUUCCAAUCGAGUUAUCAACACGCCCUUCCACAUGAAGGUGGCAGACCCUCCGUUCACAUCGUACAGCGAGGAAACAUGAGGGAGGCAGACAGUCGAGAUAAUGACGGUGUGUUUUCUGUUCCUAAAGUCACUCAGUGUGACUUUAAUCCAGCCUGAGGAGACUGUGUUUUCUUUUCUAACAGCUGUUCUCCGACAGGAUUCCAUGUGCCAGACAUAUUUGUAGAACAGGAUGGAUUAAAGUGCGAGUCAAUCAGGGUUAUUUAUGUGUUAUACGAUAAAACCGUCCGAUGCAAUUUUGUUAACAAUGAAAAAAAGGAGUCUGUUUAUUUUCAUAUUCUGUUUCCAUGACGAGAGGAUUUCCUGAGGACGGUUCUCAGUUUCUUUCUGUUUGUUCAUGUGAGGAUGUGUGAGCGAGCGCCUGACAGACGAUCGAACGUUUGAUACUUACCUGUAAGUCGUGUUUAGCCAAAGAUAUCGUGCAGUUUGGGUUCAUGGACAAUCUUCAACUCUCUAAUGUAAGAGUCUAUUUUAUAAUCAUGUUAGAUUUUAUACGUACAUGUUCUCCUUUACUUUGCCUUGAGAUGACUCUUCUGUCCACUCUGCUCGUGUGUUCUUAGGUGUUAGCAUACGAUCACCUGUUAGCAUUAAGAAGAUAAAACCACAGUCGUAACCUAGCAUGCUAACUCCUAAAUAAGUACAGAGCUAAUUUCUUGGCGUGCGUCCGUUCUUGUCUUGGAGUUGCACAGACUUGCGUAUAUAUUUGGACAAAAUAACCAACUAAAUAACCACGCUGGUGCUGCUUACGGCGCAUGUCUAAUAACUCUGAGAAACUGCUCUGAGCCUGCAGCUGCGCUAACUUAUCCUAGCUACGUUCUCGUCUCUGUCUGAGCCGAACAAAAAACAGUCCCUUUAAGCCGAGACGAUCCUCCAGAGACUGAAACCACGUUUUAGGAAACUGUGACUCGACUGCUCGGACGUUUUUUUCUUUAAGUGUUUUUCUUUGUUGUUGUUUUGACUGAAUCAUUCUCAUUGUCUUUUUGACGGUCAGAUCGGUCAUCGUGAUUGGAGGAUGAGAAAAUCAAUCUGAUGGAGGUGAUUUCAGCAGGAGCAGGAGUCAGGGGAGAAACGGCCAAGAUUAGUAUACAGACUGGAACAAACCUGCCAAUAAUAAUUAUAAUAAUAAUAAUAAUAAUUU